UUAGGAGUACCAACCAAAGAAAAUGACACACUUCACCAAAAUGAUUCAUUUGCAAAUAUCGUUGUUGCAUCCACAAAUACAAUCCUCGUUAUAGAGUCACAACGUUGCUGCCUACUCUACUCAUCAUUUCCACUCUCUCUCUCUCUAUGAACGUUUCGUUUUGGAAAAAUAGUACACAAAACUGCUUUUUAUUCUUUGCACUAUAUUAAGAAACAUUGCUAUAUACACAAAGUGAACAACAAAGAAAGAGAAAGAGAGAGAUACAAUGGCAGCAGGUGAAGGUGGUGGUGGUGGUGGAGGAGGAGGAGGAGGAGGAGGAGGAAAAGUUGAUGAGUUUCAACCACAUCCUGUCAAGGAUCAACUUCCUGGUGUUGAUUACUGUGUUACAAGCUCACCUUCAUGGCCUGAUGGGAUUUUACUUGCGUUUCAACACUACCUUGUUAUGCUUGGAACCAUUGUCAUUGUUUCAACUGUACUUGUUCCUUUGAUGGGUGGUGGCAAUGUGGAAAAAGCUGAGAUGAUACAAACACUACUGUUUGUUGGAGGUAUUAAGACAUUGUUGCAGACUUGGUUUGGAACAAGGCUUCCUGUGGUUGUAGGAGCGUCGUUUUCUUUUCUCAUUCCUGCUAUUUCUGUUGCUUUGUCAACCAGAAUGAGUCUGUUCCCUGAUCCGCAUGAGAGAUUUAGACGUUCGAUGAGAGCCAUACAAGGGGCUUUGAUUAUUGCUUCUUUUGUUCAAAUCAUGAUUGGCUUUUUCGGAUUCUGGGGGAUUUUCGCAAGGUUUCUAAGCCCUCUCAGCGCGGUUCCUCUUGUCACUCUAACCGGCCUAGGAUUCUUUGUCCUAUGGUUUCCAAGAUUGGCGGAUUGCGUUGAAAUCGGUCUCCCUGCAUUGGUGAUUCUGGUCAUCCUAUCCCAAUACAUUCCACAAAAGAUGAGAUCAAAAGGAGUCGACCGCGUUGCAAUCAUAGUCACAAUUGGAAUUGCUUGGCUAUUUGCUGAAAUUCUGACCGCGGCCGGUGCAUAUAAUAAAAGACCACAGCUGACUCAAUUCAAUUGCCGUACUGACCGAUCUGGGUUGAUCACCGCAGCUCGUUGGAUAAGUCUCCCGUAUCCGUUGCAAUGGGGAACCCCUUCUUUCAACGCCGGUGAUAUUUUUGCAAUGAUUGCUGCUUCUCUUGUUGCCAUUGUAGAGUCAACUGGGACAUUCAUCGCAGCGUCGAGAUUUGGCAGUGCAACACCUGUUCCACCUUCUGUACUAAGCCGUGGCGUUGGCUGGCUGGGUAUAGGCACUUUUCUGGAUGGCAUUUUUGGCGCGGCAACUGGAUCCGCUGCAUCAGUCCAAAAUGCAGGACUGUUGGGUCUAACACGAGUCGGGAGUCGGAGAGUCAUUCAAAUAUCAGCUGGAUUCAUGUUCUUUUUCUCUAUAUUUGGUAAAUUUGGAGCAGUGAUUGCGGCAAUACCAUUACCAAUAAUAGCAGCUGUUUAUUGUGUCCUCUUUGCCUACGUCGCAUCAGCUGGACUUGGCUUUCUCCAGUUCUGCAACCUAAAUAGCAACCGAUCAAUGUUCAUCGUCGGCUUUUCUCUCUUCAUCGGUCUAUCCGUUCCACAGUAUUUCAACGAAUAUCUGGCCCUAUCUGGACACGGCCCGGUUCACACCGGCUCCACUUCGUUCAACAAUAUAGUGCAAGUGAUUUUCUCAUCUCCAGCAACUGUGGCAAUUCUAGUUGCUUACUUAUUGGAUUCCACAAUGAGCCGCGCACACGCCUCGACUCGCCGAGACAGUGGGAGACACUGGUGGGAGAAAUUCAGGAACUUCAAUCAGGAUAUCAGAAGUGAAGAGUUCUAUGCAUUGCCUUUCAAACUUAGCAGUUUUUUCCCUUCAUAUUAACUGCAGCACUCUUCUAUAGUAUAUAUCUAGCAAACUAGUAUGUGCAGAAAAGGGACAAAUUAUAGCAACACUCGUAGGAAGUGUGAUUAAAGUUAUAUUCUAUAUGCAGAUUACUUAUUAUACA